CAAGGAUUUGUGGUCGGUUUGAAAGACAUCCGAACAACCUAAAGUUUCGGAUAUCAGUUUGUCCUAAUCUCACGCUUAUAUUAUUUCUGAUUUUUAUUGAUUCCUUUUAUCAUCAAGUAUGUCAGUGCUACAGGUGUUGCAAGUGGUGAUGGAGGUAGGAUUCCAAACUGCUCUCCUUCGGAAUGGUGCUUCAAGUCAGCACUUUAGACCGCUCCGUUACUACACACUUCGCGUUUCACAUCUGUGUAACAUGAGUAAACAGUGUCCACUGGGAUAUAGGAGAGAUAUACAGCGCAACAAGAGACGAUAGUCAGUGAAUACUCGAUAAAAGAGGACAUGGUGUACCAGCACAAAUGAAAUUACGCAGUUACUGUGCAAAAAGAAGGGGAUGUACGAAGUAGUCUCACACAUCAUUCCGAAAGCUCAAUCAGGACAACUCAAACAUUGAUUCACGUCUCAUUCUCCGACUGACCAGUAUUUCUCAAGCAUAAAGAAGUAUCAGAGUAACUGUUAAUUUCAACCAUUUAAUGAAAGUUCCGUGAGUACAAACAUACAUGUGGAGAACGUCAGGCGAUGAAAGGUCGAAAAAGUCGGAUUAUGCAACACCUAUUAAAGCUCCACACAAAUACGAAAAGAGUCAUGUUAAGAAACCUCAUUUAUCAGGGAACCGGUGUAGUGGUGCUCCACUUCAGACACCAUCGUCGUCUCACUCCUUUCCUGAUAUAGAUGAUGUCUCACUUACAAUACUAUCUCGUAAUAAUAAACACUCAAAACAGAUUGACAGGACAAAAGUCAGUAAUACCGUUCCCAAAACAUUGAAAGAAAGUAAUAAAUCCACACAAGUCAUCCGUGCAAAGACCCCGACCAGGGAAUUAUCUCACAUCAGCAUUACAAAUAAAUGCAUGACUUCUGGGAAUGCUGGCAACAGGAAAUCAAAGAAAGUAUCUAAUUGUAAUUUGAAAAUCCCAAGGUCCUCUUUAAAUAGUAUGAAGUUCAACUCCCCAUUUGUAAGAGGAUUGGAAGAAUUUAUAAUUACGGAUGAUGAAUCGAAAGUCACAACCCCGUUACGACGUCAGAAAGCUCUUUCCGAAAAGCAUAUUGAAAGGAUAGGUAAACCACAUGAAGUGAUUAGGACUAAGCGACAUACUCCUCUUAAACGCUCUAUUUUGAAUGAGCGCGCUAUCCGCAAGAGUCAGCGAAGUCAUUCACUCCCAGCCCCUGUAGGAAUUACUUUUGAUUCCACUGAAUCUCCUAGUGUGACGAAAAUCACAGAGUUCCGUACUCCUGAUAGCUUUAAUAAUUCUCUAAAAGAACCCACUUCUUCAUCGGAAAUCGAAAAGUAUCUUGUUAGUGAGUUGAUUUCACGAUUGGUUACAUUCCAAGACAGAGCAUAUGUAACCCACGCUAAUAACUCCUUUCAUCUCAAGAGAACAAAGCGACUUGUUUGUGGUUUUCAUGAAGUAAUCAAACACUUAAAGUUAAAACACAUGCGAAUUGUCUUCGUGGCCCGCGAUCUUGAAGGAAAUGCUACCAGUUUUUUAUGGCAAGAUAAAAUUACAUAUGAUGAAAAGGAAGCUGAAAAUAAGAUAGUUCUUAGUGCAUUGGAAAAAGUACUCUGUCAGAUCUGGGAACUUGCAAAAGAAUGUGACCCGCCGGUACCAAUAAUCAUUACCCAUACAAGGAAAAAAUUAGCACAUUUAUGUCAUAAACCAAGAUUUGUAUCUGUUGUAGGAAUUAUAAACGCCGAUGGAGCAUAUGAAGUUGAAAAAAAGCUGUUAGAUAUGAAAUCUGGAGUUAAUUUAAGAUGUACAACAAGUCUGGGGACUGUUCAAAUAAACACAGUGAAUGAGCUCACUGUAGGAAACUCAAAUGCUACAAUUAUCGAAAAGUUGCGGUGUUCCGUUGAAUCUAUCAACAUUAAGUGAUUAGCUUUUGUUUGAAGUCAAAUGUCCGUAUCUCCCAUCACUACCGAUGAUCGAUAAAUCCCCUUCUUCCAUAUUGUACAUAGUUUGUUUAACUUGUGUAUACUUCAGUUGACUUUGUUUCUUCCAAAUAAACUGUAAACGACUCUU